CACGCACCUGCCACUCUGGUUGGCCCCUUGUUCCAUGUCUCACUGUCUCUCUGCCCUUGCUUGUCUGUUCCGCCAGUCUGUUCCGUCAGUCUGUUUUGUCUCCAUACCUACAAUCCCCAUCCCAUUUCGUAUGAUGAUCGCAUCCCAGAUCCCACCACGUCCCACUCUCCCACGUUCCACGGUCCACGUUCCAGGUCCCACCUUCCUUGCUCGCCGAGCCAUUGAGACCCCCUUCUCGGUAACACAAGCACGGACAGGACCCAGUUGAUUGGAACUCCUCUGCUCGGGGCCACCGAACUGUGCAUUUUGCGUCCCGGGGGGGUGGGCUCUGUCGCUGACUUCCGUCUGAUGCUUGGACAGCUACUGGACCGUUGACUGGACCGUUGACUGGACCGUUGACUGGACCGUUGACUGG